AUGGCUAAUUCUCAUCGUCUCCUUAUUUUAGCUAUUUUCAUUGCACUGUCGAUGUCGUUUUCGGCCAUGGAUGUAGCUCAGGCUCGCCGUCUUUUGCAGGCGGUAACCACCACAGCGCCACCAGUAUUUCCAAAUGUGCCUCCGGGACCGUUCCGUGGCUUCCCAUUCCCUCCUUUCAACGGACCUUACCCGGAGUAUAGGUUGCCGCCAUUUCCGGGCAUUUCAAAUGUUCCUCCUUCAGCUCCUGGCUUUCCCGGCUCUUUCCCGAUAUUCCCCGCUCCGCCAACGUUUCCCAACCCUUCCCCUUGA